UGUGAUAUUUAUGUUUGGAUUGCCGUUAUUUCAAAUUGUGUUAUUGAUUGAGGUGUGAGUGCUUCGUGAGUUAAAUUAAUUUUAAAGAUAUAUUUUAUUCAUAAUCUCAAAUCUUUUAAUCCUAACCUAUUGCGUUGUUUGAAAGAACUCUAAACAAUGCAUGCUACAGAAGAAUUCCUCGAUUUCGAUAAAUUAGAAGAAAAAAUGUAUGGAAUAUUUAAGACCAGUGUUUUAAAUUAUACACAGGAUAUACUAAAUCUGUUUGAUAAUCGUUGUAUUUUACAAAAACCCGCAUACCGUCCAAAUUCUGCAAAUACGUUAGAAGAAGAAUUAGAUAUACUACAUCAAUUAAACAAGAAUUUAAAAAAAGAAAUCGAUGAAAAUCUCGAAAAAUUAUCUCAAAAGCAAAAUGAAUAUGAAAGUUUUAAACAAGAUCAUAAACUUAUCACAAAUCAAAUCAAGGAAACCCAUGAAUCCUUAUUGAUGGCUCGAAGGUGUUAUAAAAAUUUCCUUAAUUUUUAUUACACUAUAGAAUCAAAACAGAUAGAUCAACAAGUAAUAUUUAUACAGUUUUUCACUCAAUCAAAAAGAGAUUCUGAGAAGUAUUCCAUAAGGCUAUUACGAAAUACACAAACAGGAAAAUAUUCAUUGCAAGAAAUUAACCCAACACUGAAGAAUAAUAAGUAUGUGGUGAGAAUUUUGGAACACACAAAUAAUGUGCCUGGAGUAUUGGCAUAUAUAAGACAAGGUUUUGUAUAUAUGAAAAAACAUAAAAAAUAAUCUGGAUUAUGAUCUUUAAUGUAAUAAAUAUGAAACAUGUAUUUACUUCUAUUCUUAUAGCUAUGUAAACUACAAUAUGUUAUGCCUUUUAAC